CCGACGCCCACCUGCCAGCUUCUCCUGCUCCAUCUUUCCCGAGAAGCGACCUCGGCCUCCAGCUUACCGGGCGGAUCGAAGCAGCGGUCGGGAUGGUACUGCUGGGCUUGCUGCAGUCAGGCGGCUCGGUGCUCGGGCAGGCGAUGGAGCAGGUGACAGGAGGCAACCUGCUUUCCACGCUGCUCAUCGCCUGCGCCUUCACGCUCAGCCUUGUCGACCUGUUCCGCCUCGCAGUGGGCCACAUGGUCCAGCUGCCUGCUGGAGCGGAAAGUCCGCCAUGUAUUUACUCUCCAAUUCCGUUCCUUGGCCAUGCGAUAGCAUUUGGGAAAAGUCCAAUUGAGUUCCUGGAAAAUGCAUAUGAGAAGUACGGACCUGUGUUUAGCUUUACCAUGGUGGGCAAGACCUUCACUUACCUUUUGGGGAGCCAUGCAGCCGCACUGCUCUUCAACAGUAAGAACGAAGACCUGAAGACAACACCCGUGUUUGGGAAGGGAGUUGCAUACGAUGUGCCAAAUGCAGUUUUCCUGGAACAGAAGAAAAUACUAAAAAGCGGCCUUAACAUAGCCCACUUCAAGCAAUAUGUUUCUAUCAUUGAAAAAGAAGCAAAGGAGUACUUUAAAAGUUGGGGAGAAAGCAGAGAAAGAAAUGUGUUUGAAGCGCUGUCUGAGCUCAUAAUUUUAACAGCUAGCCAUUGUUUACACGGAAAGGAAAUUAGGAGUCAACUCAACGAGAAGGUGGCUUAGCUGUACGCAGACCUGGAUGGAGGCUUUAGCCACGCUGCCUGGCUGUUGCCAGGUUGGCUGCCUCUGCCAAGUUUCAGGGGCAGGGACAGAGCCCAUCGAGAGAUCAAGAAUAUUUUCUACAAGGCCAUCCAGAAACGUAGGCUGUCAAAAGAACCAGCCGAGGACAUUCUUCAAACUUUACUGGAUUCUACAUACAAGGAUGGGUGUCCUCUGACAGACGACGAGAUAGCAGGGAUGCUCAUCGGACUGCUGCUGGCCAGACUGCACACAUCCUCCACCACCAGUGCCUGGAUGGGCUUCUUUCUGGCCAGAGAUAAACCACUCCAAGGCAAAUGCUACUUAGAACAGAAAGCAGUGUGCGGCGAGGAUCUGCCUCCCUUAACUUAUGAGCAGUUGAAGGAUCCGAAUUUACUUGAUAGAUGCAUAAAAGAAACACUAAGACUGAGGCCUCCUAUAAUAACCAUGAUGAGAAUGGCCAAGACCCCUCAGACUGUGGCUGGGUGCACCAUUCCUCCAGGACAUCAGGUGUGUGUUUCUCCAACUGUCAAUCAAAGACUGAAAGACUCCUGGGUAGAACGCUUGGACUUCAAUCCUGACCGCUACUUACAGGAUAACCCAGCAUCGGGAGAGAAGUUUGCCUAUGUGCCAUUUGGAGCUGGGCGCCAUCAUUGUAUUGGAGAAAAUUUUGCAUAUGUUCAAAUUAAGACAAUUUGGUCCACUAUGCUUCGUUUAUAUGAAUUUGACCUCAUCAAUGGAUAUUUUCCCAGUGUGAAUUAUACAACAAUGAUUCAUACCCCAGAAAACCCAGUAAUCCGUUACAAACGAAGAUCAAAAUGAAGAAAGGAAGAAGGAGCCAGUGUGGAGACGGGACUGCAAGCUGCAGCUUGGCAGAGAAUGAAGCUUUGACACAGCUUUCGUACUGUACUGUUUUUUAAGUGUGUGGUUCUGAGAGCCAGUUUGAUUUUAAUGUUUUAUUAACUCGGUGAUUUUUGUCAGACCUAAUGGCAUUUGAGACAGUUAUAAUAGUUCUGAUAGGAUUUCAGGGAAUCCAAAUUUAUGUUAGAAACCGUUUAGGGGAGCCUCGGUAUUCAGAGAUGAUACAGAAUAUAGCAUCCAGGUAAUUAACUUCAGAAGCACACAUUGCCAUAGGGAGAUUCCAGCUUGGAACUAGUUUGGGAAGUUUUAAAGCCUAGUCAGAUGCUACAGAGGCAAUGGGUUAUUUGUGUAGUUGGGCCACUUCUGUGCGUAAAGAUGUGAGAGGGUGAAGGAUAAGUUCUCUGUGAAGCUUUAGAUGGUGUGACGUGCCCUUUGCAGUGUUAACUGAGAGCACCACUCCAGCAAGAUGGCAGCGAUCUUGGACCUUACCUUGAUAACCUUAUUUCCUAAAAAUAAUACAUACUAAAGAAUACUUAAGUAUGUUGCUGGUUCCAGAAAAA